AAUUAAAAAAAAUAAAGCAUUGUACAGUGAAAAAAAGGUAAAAAUAUGUCUAGCGGUAACAAAAAUGAAAAUGAUGGUAAAGUGGCAUUCGAAACUGCUCUUGAUUUGGCAGGUUUCGGUCUGUACAACUAUAACCUGACGGCACUGACUGGGUUCAUCAUCAUAGCAUAUGCAUGUAUAGCGUUUGGCACAACAAUCAUCAUCCCAGCGAGCGCCUGUGAACUUGAAACCACCAACGCGCAGCAGGGUCUCAUAGCUGCUGGACCUUUAGUUGGUAUAAUCCUGGGCGGUGUUUUCGGCGGGUACCUCGGCGACAAGUUUGGUCGUCGACGCAUGCUGUUCGUCUCUCUGCUCUCAGCUUCUGCCGUCAACGCUCUGGCCAGUAUAUCGGUGGACUGGAUUAUGCUUUUGAUACUACAGACUAUUGCCUCUUUUUGCGCGGCUGGCAAGUACUCGUUGUCUAUGACGAUGGUGAGCGAGAGCGUGCCGAUGGCCAAGCGCAACCUGAUCGUACUACUCGUCACCAGCAUAUUCCUGCUGGCUCAAGGGAUUAUGGCAGUUAUCGCCAUCCCUAUCAUACCUCUGUCUUUCUCUUUCUACCUUCCUAAUUUGGGAAUAUACUGGAACUCUUGGCGAACUCUACUCCUGGUGUAUUCCGCGCCAGGAUUGUUAGCUGCGGCCUGGCUGCUCACGAUAAAGGAGAGCCCCAAGUACAUUUACUCUCAGGGACGGGAACAGGAAGCUAUUGAUAUCAUAAAGAGCAUACAUAAAAUGAAUAAUAGAAAAUCCGCAGGAGAAUUACAAAUCUCAGGUCUGAUAUACGAUGCCCAACAGUCAUCGGGUCCGUUGUCGCCAAAAGAACAGAUCAUACCCCUCUUCAAAAUGCCUCUAUUGAAGUAUACCAUAAUAAUGACGAUACUCUUCGUGUUCCAACAAGUGGGUGCAUUCGCGGUAUGGCUGCCGUCGAUCGCCAACCAGUUUGUGCAGAUCGUGGAGACGGGUGAGGGCACUGACCAAAGUCUCUGCUCUAUACUUAGCAACAGUAUAGAUAUCCCUGCUGAUCCAGAUGUAGUUCCGUGCUCUCUCAACGUGACCUCUCUACUAAUGGUGCUGCUGGUGGGUGCGGUGCAAUCAGUUGCAAAUGGACUCCUCAGCUUGAUAGUGAACCGUGUGGGUCGUCGCAACAUGGCUAUGGUGGUGGCGGUAGCAUGUGGGCUGGCGGGCAUCAUUACCAACCUCAUCCCCAACGCGUAUGUCAGCGUCGCGUUCUUCGUUUUCUUCAUGCUCGGCAUCCUCAUCCUGGGACUCUACACCGCCAUCGCUGUUGCACUCUUCCCCACCAGUCUCAGGGCUUUGGCUGUAGCACUUACGAUGACAGGCGGCAGGCUCGGCACCUUCGCCUCCGUACAGAUCCUCAACCUGCUGCUUGAGGUCAAUUGCGACGCGGGCUUCUAUCUCUUCUGCUCUAUAUUCGCAGCAUCAGCCAUCGUAGCAGCAUUCUUACCUAAUGACAAAUAUUUACAGACGACGCAACCGAAGAAAGACGACACCUCAUAGAUAUUAAGUAAAUCUUUGUAAAUAAAUGUUAUAUGUUACGUAUUAAUAGAAUUCCUAUUUUUAUUUUUAAGAGUUAGGGAUUCAAUUAAACUAGUGUAACGAUAAUAAAAUCAUGAAGAGUUUUUUUCCACAGAAAGCUCGUAUGAAGAACGUAAAAUUCAACAUAAUUUCGAAAUUUCCUCAGAAGAUGGCGCUAAUAGUUAAAAAAGUCAGAAAAACUAAAUAAAAAGUUUUUGUUUCAUAACUCCUACAUCUUCCUUCUUCAUUGUGACUAACUAGAGUAACCAGUAAUUUUCCUGGAACUUGGUAAAGCUCUGAUGGAGGGCAGAAAACUUUCGUAACUGUGGGCGGGAAUACCAGGAUAGCAUAAAGUUGUAGAUGCGUUUCGCUAUGAUAGUAAAAACGCAUGCGUCAAAAUAUUGAUUCGCCACCCCUUUCUAAACUAGAGUUGCGAACGUUAUCAAUAAUGGAUGCGGUAUCGAUAUAUAUUUACUUUGUGAUUAAAAUAUGCUACGGUAAAACUAAAAAUAUGUGAGGAUAGUGCU